AGAAUAUUUUUAGGAGGAAUAUGAGAAAAUGAAAAAAGAGUUCAUAGAGCAAACAAAAAAAGAUUUUGAAGAAGAAUUGAAGCAAUUAAAAAGCGACAAUAUGACCAUCAAGGAGAAAUACGAAACUAGUUUGAUUGAACUAGAAAAGGCCAUUAAAGAAAAAGAAAUGCGCGAAGAAAAAAUGAAAGAACUGGGAUGUGCAAUCCAACAGUGCGAGGAGUAUCAGAAAAAAUACGAAAAAGGCUUAGCCGAAAUUAAGAAAAUUAACAGAGAAAAGGAGGAACACGAGAAGAAAAUUAAAGAAUUGGAACAAUCACUAAAAGGAUUUGAAGAAAGUAAAACAAAAUAUGCCGAAAGUGUUAAAGAAAUUGACAACCUUAGGGCUAAAGCAACUCAAGCAACGUUUGAGUUUCAAGAAGAGUUAAAAUUGGCAGGACGUAAAGGACAACCUGAUUACACAACAAAUGAAGAAAAAGAAAAUUUAAGAAGAAAAGCUAUGGUUGCGUUGGAAGCUAAUAAUAACUUACAAGUUCAAUGUUUGAAAAAAUUGGAAGAAAAAAUGAAAGAAAUUUAUAUAUUAAAACGACAAAUUGAAAAUUUAGAAGGAAAGGAACUAGCUGCAAGAGAAUCAAACUCUAAUGAAGAGAGAUGUUUAAAGGAAAAAGAAAUUUCUAAUUUAAAAGACUGCAUAAAACAGCUGGAAGGAGGACAAGCGUGCACCAAACUUGCAAACGAAAGUUUACAGACAAUGGUAAAUAAUUAUCGAAAGUCUGUUGCCGAAUUGGAGGAAACUGAGAAGCACUUAAGAACUGAGAUUUCUCAACAAAAUAUAACUAUACUUAAUCUCCAAGAGGCGUUGUUAGCCGCGAAACAAGAACUCGAGGAGAUUCGACAAAAAGCAGCUAAAGAAAUUUAUAAGAGGGUGAAAAUAAUGAACAGCCUGUAUACAGAUUUGGUUAAAGUAGAAGAAGAGUAUUCCAGUAGCUCUAAAGAGUGCGAAAACUUGUCUGUAUUAUUAAAUAAUUUGAGGGACGAUUAUUUAGAUUUGGAAGUUGAAAAUUUUAAUCAUCUCCAGGAUAUAGAGAUGCUUGAUUGUCUCGUAUUAAAGUAUCAACAAAUCAAUAAGUUAAACGAGCAAAGCAUGCGAGCUGUUGUAAAGAAAAUGAAAAUUGAAAAGCAGGAGUACGAAAAUGUGAUUAGCUAUCUUAAAAAUGAAAUGGCAAUAUUAUCUGACCAGCUUCAAAAAUUGCAACAUCUACUGAAAAUAGCAAACACAUCAAAUUUGGAUAUGGAAAAUAAAACACUCGCGGGCAACCUGAUCGACGCUCAAGCAAUUAACAAUGUUCUUCAGGAACAACUUAAAGUUGCCGAAACGCAGUUAGCCUACGAAAUGAAAAUGAACAAACAUUACAUUACACUUACUGAAGAAUUACAAGAUAAGCUCAGUUCUGAAACGGUUAAAAAUCACCGGAUUCAACAAAAGGUGAAGGAAAUUCAGUUUCAAUUAGAAAAAUCGAACUCUUUCGUCAGAUCAUUGGAAAAUACAGUCAAGGACUUGGAGAGUACCAUUAUUAUUUACGAGAGGGAUCUUGAAAUGGGAAGGAAACGGGAAAAACAGCAAGAUAAAGAAAUUGAAAUAUAUCGUAAACAGCUAAGAGACAUCAGUGAUAAGUUUAUGGAUUUGGAUGAGAAAUAUAAAGAACUUGAAGCCGAAUUGGAAAUUAAGAAUCGAUCGAUGUUAGAGAAAGAGAAUAAAAUUAAACAAGAUUAUGAAGAAAGAGAGAGAGUACGAGCAGAUUUGGGUCAGCAGUUAACAUAUGCAAAGGAAGAGCUUGGAGGAUUAAGGAUUGAAAUGAAUAAAACAAUAACUGCGCAAAAUGCGCUACGGCUAGAGAAUGAAAAACUUAAAACACAGUUGAACACUUUACACGUUGAUAGAAACUCCCUUGAGCAGCAAGUUGUUGACAGAACUCAAGAGGUGGAGCAAUAUUUGCAGGAAAUACAGAAUCUUCAGGCGGACAAGGAAACUACCGAACAAAAAUACAAGAUAUUAAAAACCGAAUUACAAGGUUUACAAUCGGCUUUCGAUAAUUUGAGCAAACAGUACAUGAAUAAAGCAGAAUCAUUAAUAUCGUUGGAAAUGGAACUGGUCGAUACCAAAUCCAGCCAUACUCAACUGUGCAAUGAAAGCAAAAAAGUUGUCGAUAAUGUACGUUGUUGGUUGGAAGAACAAAAGGAGAUAAAUUUAAAAUUGGAACGGAAUAUUAAAGAAAAGGAAAGUACCAUUAACAAAUUAAAGGGUGAAAUAAGGAAUUUGAAAUGUCAUCUGACGCUUCCUAAUAAACUGCCUACGACAUAUGAACGAAGACCAACACAUCCUCUUAUCCGUACGUCCCUUAUGCAAGCGUUGAGUCCUACGCAUCCAUGGAGUCUCGGCUCUCAAGGAUCUGAGUCAAGUUACAGUACAAAUCCGGCUGAGGGUGAUGAGGAAACAGCAACCAGUGACAUUGAUACUACCGAGUCAUGGCUGUACCGAGUUGAAAGUAUGACCGAGCAAUUACAGAGAAGUAAUAAUUAUUGGAAAAACAGAAUACACGAUCAUGAAUACAUGGUAACUAGAGACCAGUGAACGAAUAAUAAAUUUUGCCUAUAUGUGUACAUUAUAUAAAUUCAUUAUUUUUUUCUAUUUCAUCCAUUCUUCAU